AUGACAAAUGCUUUGUCUGUAGCCGAACUAGCAAUCUAUAUUGCCCUCGCCUUCCCAACGGUAUACCUCAUUAUCAAACAUGGACGCCAGGGCUUGCUUGGGUGGCUCUUCCUCUUCAUUUUCUGCACUCUCCGAAUAAUUGGCAAUGCAUUGGCAAUUAAACCCUCCAGUCCCACGGCAAGCAUCAUCGCUAGCGUAGGACUUUCUCCUCUCCUUCUCGGGGCCAGUGGUAUCUUACACGAAGCCCGCAUCUAUCGCAUACUGGGUCUCAAUCAAAAGCUUGAAUGGGCACUAGCACUACUCUAUCAUAUUUUCGUCGUUGGCGGUGUCGCUCUGACUGCAGCUGGAUCUGCAAAGCUACAAAAGCAUCAACAGCCGGUUGAAACGGCGGAUGGCAUAGUCAAAGCAGGGAUUGCAAUUUUGACCAUCUGCUGGGCAGCAUUAGUUGGUGGGAUUGUUUUCUCAUUUAUCACGCCGGCGAGAACAAGCGCUGUAGGUCGCGCUGGAACAACAUUGCUCACAACUCUUGCAUUUGCUCUGGUUUGGAUUGGCAUUCGCGUCUUCUACAGUCUUGUCUACCUCUGCACCCAGAAGCAAUAUCUCAACCCGACUACUGGCUCGCUCGCUAUCCGUCUCAUUCUGGGAUUCUUGGCUGAACUCAUUGCAGCGAUCUCCUUGAUUGUUGCUGGGGUUGUGACGCAGGACGCAUCUAGGAAUUUCCGCGAAGACGGCGAGUUGCCCUCCACUCGCAAGUCUACUUCACCAGUAUCGGUAGUGCAGAAUUGA